ACAAUUCGAAUUGCACGUCGACGUGUAUCAACGUGUGUUAACAGUUUGACCGAUCGCGAGGACAUUUUUUCUAUCCGCGUCGCGAGAAAUUGUGAAAUUGUAUAUUGUAAAAAAAGACGAUGGGAAAGUGUCUUGAAAAGGACGGAUCCUUUUCAGGACAGCCAGUCUCGCCGUCACAGUGACGUGGACCGUAGCGCGUCGGCCCAUUGGCGUUUUAUUUGUUAAAGAAAUAUAGAAUAAUCACAGUGGCAGACCAAUGCGACACGUCAUAGCUUCACAAUCGUCUACUCAGCAUUGUCAUACGAAAUCGCAUUGAUCCGUCGCUCUGUGAAUGUUAAUUCCCGGCGAUUUCAGGCAUUGACGAACGUCGAACGCGAUUGAAUCACGAAACGAAUUCGGCGCGAAAGGCGUACUUGCGCGCGCGCGCGCCAGUCGGCAUCUCGGUCGAGCGCCUCCUGGUGUUGACGGUGGACGGCGCGGUUGCGCUGCUCGUUGUCGUCGGUCGGCCUGUCUUGGGCGCGCGGCGCGACACUCAGCGCGGUAGGAUGCAGCUGGUGUGGAGCGAAUGCUGGAACAACGAGCGAACGGCGAACGGCUGAGCGAAGCUGGUAUCACCGUCACCACCGGCAUAGUCCUCGUCAUCACUGUCAUUAUCGUCAUCACCGCCGCCGCUGCUGUUACCAUUGUCAACAUCGUCACCGUCAGUCUUGUCCUCGUGGUCAACGUCCGUGCUCCUCUGCGUCGCUACUGUCGUUCUCCAUAUCGCCUCCUGCUUUGCCUGUACAUCUAUAAGGAAGCGUAUAUAAGCAAGCGUCGCUCAGCUCCCGAAGAAUUUAGACUCGCGAUACCGUGGUACCAGGAUGGCAGGCAACAAGAGUGCAAUCACCAUCAUGCAGACCAAGCCGGUAGAAGUGUCGCAGCAGCUGCAGGAUGGAGAGAAGUUUGUCAAGUGGGACGAGGAUUCUGGAGUAGCGACGCCGGUGACACUGAGAGUGGAUAAAUAUGGUUUUUACUUGCACUGGAUGGAUCAAAAUAAUGAGAUGGAUAUGUUGGACAUAGCCAUCAUAAGAGACACGCGAACAGGGAAACACGCAAAAAUACCAAAGGAUUCAAAACUGAAGUCUUUCGUGACAAUGGGUUAUCAGGACUCCUUAGAGGACAAAACCGUAACGAUCUGUUACGGCUCAGACUUUGUCAAUAUGAAUUUUAUUAAUUUCUGCACAACGCGCGCAGAAAUAGCACAACAUUGGACAGAACAACUUUUCCAACUGGCGUACAAUUUGAUUCAAUUAAACACUAGCACAACUAUGUUCUUACUAAAAGCACAUACCAAGCUUACGCUCACUGCUGAUAAAUCUGAAAAGAUACCAGUUAAGAAUAUAAUAAAAAUGUUCGCACAAAACAAAGACGACCGCAAGCGCGUCGAGAAAGCACUUGAUAUUUCUGGCUUUCCAUCCGGCAAAAGCGACGUCGUGCCGUUACAAAAAUUCCAAUUUGAAGACUUCUUUAACUUCUACAAGUCUCUUACUCAGAGAACAGACGUGGAGAAGGUUUUCGAAGGAAUUGUUGGCAAUAGCAAACGCAGACUGAUGUCUGUCUCGCAGUUUGUGGAAUUCUUGAACAAGACGCAGAGGGAUCCGCGCCUCAACGAGAUAUUGUAUCCGUAUGCAAAUGAAGCAAGGGCAAAGGAUAUCAUAAAUCAGUACGAACCCAACAAGUGUAAUGCAAAUAAAGGCCAGCUCAGUUUCGACGGUUUCUUGAGGUAUCUCAUGAGCGAGGACAACCCGAUUGUCGCUGUCACGAAAUUUGAAUUGUCCGACGAUAUGGAUCAACCGCUCGCGCACUACUUUAUAAAUUCUAGUCACAACACAUACUUAAUAGGGCAUCAGCUUACCGGCAGGAGUUCCGUGGAGAUUUAUCGCCAGUCUCUUCUAGCUGGUUGCCGAUGCGUCGAGUUGGAUUUUUGGAAUGGGAAAUUCGACGAGCCCGUUAUCGUUCACGGAUAUACAUUUGUACCUGAAAUAUAUGCCCGAGAUGUAAUAGAGGCGAUCGCUGAGAGCGCCUUCAAAACGUCUGAUUAUCCGGUCGUUCUCAGUUUUGAAAAUCACUGCAACCCAAGGCAGCAAGCCAAAAUCGCACAGUACUGUAGAGAGCUCUUCGGCGAAAUGUUGCUUGACGCGCCACUUGAGUCGCACAAGUUAGAGCCAGGUCAAGAGCUUCCACCGCCGGCGUUACUCAAGCGUAAGAUAAUAAUAAAGAAUAAAAAGAAGCAUCACCACCAUCAUCAUAAGAAGCAUCAAAAGAAGCAGCAAACGUCAGACACCGCUGAAGGCACUCCGGAGAGCGAGGAGAACGACACGGCGAUUCCAGCAGUUGCAGAGGAGAACGGCCAACCGCUUGACACGACGCAACAAAACGAGAUGGCCGACAGCGUCGUGCCGGGAAACGAGCAGCAAAUUAGAAACGGCGAUAUCUCCCACCCUCCGAUGCUGCAACAAAGACAGGGUAGUAAAGAUAGUGCCCAGGAUGAUGAAGACGAAGAGGAUGAAUCGAGCACAGAGGAAGACGAGUCUAAUGUGGAGGACAUUAAACUGAGAAUAGGUGAUAAAGUGACCGCGCCGGAUAAAGCGUCCGCAGCCAAGGAGACGGAAGCUGGUGCGGAAAUUUCGGCUUUAGUUAAUUACGUGCAGCCCGUGCAUUUCAACAGUUUUGAGUCGGCCGAAAAAAAGAAUCGCACGUACGAAAUGUCGUCCUUCGAUGAGAAGCAAGCGACGACCCUUUUGAAAGAGAGGCCGCUAGAGUUUGUGAAUUACAACAAGCAUCAGCUGUCUAGAGUUUACCCGGCGGGAACGCGAUUCGAUUCCAGCAAUUUUAUGCCCCAAGUAUUUUGGAACGCUGGGUGUCAGCUGGUUGCAUUGAACUAUCAAACACUUGAUCUGGCGAUGCAAUUAAACUUGGGGAUAUUCGAGUACAACCAACGUUGUGGCUAUCUGUUGAAACCAGAAUUUAUGAGAAGGAAAGAUCGACGCCUGGAUCCAUUUGCCGAAUCCACCGUGGACGGUAUUAUAGCGGGCAUGGUUCACAUUCACGUGAUAUCCGCGCAAUUUUUAACUGACAAGAGAGUAGGCACGUAUGUGGAAGUAGACAUGUACGGUCUGCCGGCGGAUACCGUACGGAAGAAAUUCCGCACGAAGAUCGUUCCGAAUAACGGCAUCAAUCCUAUUUACGAUGAGGAACCGUUUGUAUUCAAAAAGGUAGUUCUGCCUGAGCUUGCCUCGAUAAGAAUAGCCGCGUACGAAGAGUCCGGGCGCUUAAUCGGUCACAGGGUAUUACCUGUAGUCGGGCUAUGCCCAGGAUACCGACACGUCGCCUUGAGAACGGAAUGUGGGCAACCGCUACCGUUAGCGAGCCUGUUUUUACAUGUUAUCGUGAAGGACUAUGUCCCCGAUGGUCUCAGCGAGCUCGCCGAGGCUUUAGCAAACCCUAUCAAGUAUCAGAGCGAAGUGGAGAAGAGAGCGCAGCAGUUGUCGGUUCUUACAGAUUGUUUAGAAGCACCGUCGGAAGAAACGAAUGAGGAUAAGCUUAAAACUAGCGACGCUCCUAGUUCUUCUAAACCAGCUGAUGAAACUGUAAAGGCUAAACGAUUACAGUCAAUGGGCGAGUUACCAGGUCUUGUACCAGUUUCCAGUAGCUUACACGGCAGACCAUCCAUCGCCGGUUUGUGCAGUUCCGAGACAAUCGACAUGGAGGACGUUGCUCCAACCUCGUCAGUUCAAGUAGCCGACACAUCGAUAAGCAAAAGUCCAGUCAAUGCCAGCAAUAUGAAUGAUGAUAUAAUAGCCGAAAGUCUGGAAAAGCUCAUGGAAAAUAAGUUGGUCAGGGAGAAGAAGAUGGAGCUCGAGAAGAAGCUCGAAUCUCUGCGGAAGAAACACGAGAAGGAGAAGAUGCGAGUGCAGUCGCAGAAGAGCACGAUCGACGGCGAGAAGCACAAGUCCAAGUUCUACAUGAGCAACAAACUGGUGAAGCGACUGUCGAGCAAGAAUAUCAGUUUUUCGAGUGAAGUGGGUUUAAGCACCUUGGCUAUGGCUGAGUCUUCCGAGUGCCCGGACGUGGAGAAUCGCGAGGGAAACGAAGGGGUACCUAGGGGUUUGCCUAGAAGCCAAAGCGAGCGAUUUUUAGCUGUGUGCAAGGCACACGUUCAACAGGAGCGCGAGCUACAAGAGAAGUAUUAUGACAACCUGUUUGCGAUCGUCGAGAAAGUAAUGAAGGCAUCGCAGUCCAAUCAGUUGAAGACGCUUCGGGUGCUUUUAGAUAGAGAAACCGCAGAUGUCAUGCGAAAGCUACAGGCUACGAGACAUGGCGAGGUCAAACAAUUGGCCAAAGUGCACAAAGACAAAGCCGAACUGGAUCGUAUGAAGAGAGAAGUUGCGAAAUCGACUGUGGAGAAAGGCGUGAACGAAUGCACGCGCUUGACAAAGAUUUACGACAAGAAGAGAGCGGAAUUGGAAAGGCAGCAUGAAGAGGUGCGACUGAGGCUUGAAGAGGAGCGAGCCAAGGUAAAGGCUAAUUUGCUAGCAGAGUACAGUAGUCGCUAUAGCAAAUACGAGAGUGGCGAGUUACCUUUGUUACCUACCGGCGGAGCCAGCAUGCCUGAAUCACUCAGCGAGAACACGUAUUGACUCACGCUACGAGUCGUCUAGCUGUGUCGACUGAAAACCACGUCUCGGUUCGCGGCUCCCGCGUGCCACGUUACACGUGUCGCUCCAGGCAUCCCGUAUGCAACUUGGUGCGUCGAACACGAGUUAUGAAUUCCGUAAAUCGAGAGAGACAUGUGGGGAGGAGAAACUGAGAUUGUUACACUCGGUCGUGACGCCUCCCGACAUUCGCACGAAGAAACGAAUCGGUACUUGCGACUAACGAUGUUGGCAUACAGUGCUUAUCUACAGGUGCUCGACAAUGAUAAAGAAGACGUUCUUGCAGUCUCUCAGCGGGGACGUCGAUACGAUGAGACAGGUGUGAGCUGUACCGAGAGAACGUGAUUUCGGGCAGCUCGGUGUAACACGAAGCACAGACGAGCAGCGUUUUACGUAUGUACGAUAUAAUUGUAUGUAUAUACCGAACUUUUACCGUUUAAUACUUCAAGAGAUUAGAUGGUCGAAUAAUGGAUCGAGGUAAUUUUCUAUUACUUCAAAACGCUGUGUCUUUUACUACAAUGAUCAUUAUUCGAUCGAUGCGAUCGCGCGUAUGUGUUGGUCGGUAUGUCUUCGAUCGAUCCUGUCGCUAGACACGCGGAACGCGCCGUGUCUUGAUCUCUUUACGAUGAAACGUCUGCUUAAUAACGCGGGAAAGCAUAACGGGAAGAAGGAAGGUGAGGGAUAUACAAUGUCAGACUUUAACGAUAAGUCUGAGAUACUUGGCACAGUAUUAAGCAGUCUGGGAUUUCGGGAUCUGAAAAAUCGGCAUUCGACGUUGUCGGUUACGUAGCGCGGUAACGACGGUAUCGUUCCGUGAGAGAUAUACGCGCGAGUGGGUGUAUAAUUCUAAAUAAGAGCAACUUUCCUAAGUGCUAACGUUUAAUAUUGUUGUUAUAUGCAUAAGGCGUUAUUUAAUCGAUUACAAAACUAUUUCUAAUCACGUUCCACAAGAUACUCCGUUUACGCGGUAAAUGAAAAAAUUGAUCUUCUCGACUCUACUCCGUAAGUCUCAGAUCUCAGGAGAUUCCAGUCAGAAUGAUAACAAGUAUAUCGAGAGGGUGUAAUCUCUUUGGCCUAGAGGAGAAACAUUGGAAAGUGCUGAGAGAGAGAGAGAGAGAGAGAGAGAGAGAGAGGGGGGAGGAGAGAGAGAAAUUCGCACGAACGCACGCGUGUGCAUGCACGUACGCGUACGCGCGCGAUAGCGAUCUGAUAUAUAUAUAUAUAUAUAUUUUUGACUGAAAGUACUCCGUAUAAAGUAAUUUUUUUCCGGAGUUGCCCGUGCUAUAUAGGGAGGGCAGGGGGAGGGGCGGAGAAAUACUGAGACAUUAUAUUUCGCCGCGGGCGCGAGAAUAUCUCAGUAUCCUACCGUGUAUAGAGCGGCUCUUGGUAUCCCGAACGGUCCGGUCGGGCAAACCUCUUUGAGGAAGACAAUCAAAAAUGUUACGAGGUAACAUUGUCCUUGUUGUUUCUAAUCGUAUGUUAUUUUAGAUUAUAUGCACUGCAAUACGUGUACACAGAUAUCUGUGAAGGGAUUCUUCGUAAUUAUAACGAACUUAGGGUUAAAACUUGUCGCAAUGUAAGUCUGUACCGUGUAAAGAUCCGCUAUUUAUUCGAAAAGGAAGAAAAAGAGACGCGUUGAUUUAACGAAGCCCAGAGGUACGCGAGGUGUACGCGAGGUGAUUACGCGAUUGCUUGGCGGAACCAUCUGGCGAUAGUCGCGCGCGCGCGCGAAAAGCGAUAACGUAAUCAAAGAUGACUUCUUAUACAGAAUAUUUAAUAUUGUACACAUAUACACAUGUAUAUCUAUACACAUAUACUUAAACAACGCGCGCGGUUAUACAUACAUUUCAUCGCGAUUUAUAUUAUUUAUUUUGCGUUGGUCGAGGGAUCGCACGCGUGCAUCCAACAUUUCGGUAUAGAGGCUGAACCGUUCGGAUUUUGUUCGGAGCCACUGACGGUUCGAUCCAUCGUUAAACAUUGGCGAGUCAAGCAAAAAGUGAUUUACGAGUGAUCUCGUGUGUGGCAUUUAUCGCGUUCGUUGAAAAGACGCUUUUCACUUGCGCGUUGUAUCUCACGUCAAGUAUAUUCUUUCGCUGCACGUACUUACAUCGACAGUGUUCCGCUUAGAUCUGAUUGACAAGAAUUACCGAUUACGUUUACGUAUUCACAUAGACGCAAAAGAACUUGGUGCUUAUCCGCAGUUAUUAAUCAAACUCGCGACUGAAUCUCGACACAGAUUAUAGUACAGUUCGAUGUGACGAAUUACAUUGAGCGCUUACAAAGCACAAAGGAUACGUAUCCAUCUGAAUUAUAUUAAUCAAUUUGCGCGCUUUGUAGUUGUUUUAUAUAACUUGGGUGAGUUCAUUUUUUCUAGCUCUUUUUGAAAUUAACUCGGUAGAAUCGCGAUAUAUUUGACGAAGUCUCUUGAUUUCGUGAAAUUGAUCAAAAUCUUAUAAUUGUUUGAAGAAAAUGGCUUCUCUUUAUACAUAUAUGAUUUAUUACGUGCAAUAUUAGUCUAAUGAAUGUCGCGUGCGAUGAGAAAUCAACUCAAAUUUACUAUUAUUCUAUUGUACAAUCGCGUUGUUGUGCUUGUCGCAUUAUUUUCGCAAGUUUUGCGGACGACGAGCAGAGUAAAUCUCUGGGGGAGUAAGUAGCGAUUACCGUUCCAGUUUUUUCCAAUAAGUCGGAGGGAGAAUGAUCAAUUAAAAUAGAUACAUUUAUUAUUGUUGGCGAUAGUGCAUCUCGUAAAUAACGUAAGAAAACGAUAGAUCCUGAAGAAAGUUGUAUCCCGUGCACCUCCCUCGGAUAUAACGCGAGAUUUCGUUCGUCCGUAAGAUAUCAGGAGUAACGGCAUUUGUAUUUCCUUUCUAAAUAAUCGUGACGCUGCCGCGUGUUUUGCAGGAGAGAGUAGCUGACACACUAUUGCGUAUCUCGCCGGUAGGCUUAGGAUUUACACGCGACACACACGGGUUCAUCGCGUUGUACCGCAAAGUUACCAUUUCUUAGUCGAUGUUAAUUUUCGUGGUUGCAUUUCCUCCGCAAAUGAAGUUACCGAUCGUUCGUGAGGUUGCUUUCCAUCGCGACUGACGCAGUCUGAUUUUCUCUUUGCCGAUCAGAGUUGACAGAUCGUGGCGAUGAUAAUGACAGCGAUGGCGAUAUGAAUAUAUUCGAGGCAACUUGUUAGUAGCUCUUCCGUCUGGCACGAAGAAUCCGAUAGUAUCGUUUAUGCAUUAAAUGCGCGACGUUUCUCGCGGAAUUUGGCCAGGCAUUUCGUGCUCGAUCAAGUACGCAGGUCCUUUGCGACAAGUCGGGCGAGUUCCGUGGUGAUGGCAAUGCGAGGAAUCACGCUUGAGCGUUCGUAAAUUCCGUCGCGUACUAGAUUCCUAGAUCGUUGUCGAUGGCACAUUCUCUUUCCAGUGUUUUGCAUAGUGAUAAAUUUAUUUCGGGUCUCCUCUUUUCGACGUUGGUUUACUACGCCUGUAAGUUCUUUCAAUGUUUCGCCUCUCUAGAGAGGCACGUAUUUUAGUGUGAUCGUUGCGUUACCUUGCGAACGUGCCUCUCGAAUAUUAUUAUGCGUAUUGUGUAUUAUAGAGAGAGAUACGUAGAUCUUGGUUUCUCUCGGUAUCGCUUAGAAUCGAAGAUCCGCCGACUUCUCGUAGUAUAUUUCGUUGCUCCGAGCUCUACAUGCUGUCUCGUCGAAGCCGAGGAGGAGAGUCGUUGUGGCGCGCACGAGACAAUUGGAACAUAAGCGACGCGAGUGUCGGGCGGAGAGCAGUGGUAUGUUUCCGGUUAAUAUUAGUUUGCGUUUCUCCUAUGUUCCGCUCUAUGGUGUCCUCCGCGUCACCUUUCGUCGCGGGCCUCGUCGUUCUCCGUUACCUAAUUAGUCACUUGUCGCGCGCACACAGUGUGAUCUACCUAUGCAUUUAUGUCUUUCAAUUAGACCGGAUCGGCGCUGUGUAUCCUGUCGGAGAUCCUUUUCGCAGCGUGUGUGAUCGCCGUACGGAUGUCGCAUACUUUGCUUGAAAUAUGGUUAUCUCGGCGUCGUUCUUUUCCUAUACAUUCGUGUGACGUACGCGUAUGUACGUCACACACCACACACACACACACACACACACACACACACACACACACACACGACAGAUAUAUACACACGCACACACACGUAUGUAAAUGUAUAUACGAGCAUAGAUUUACGUUCUAACGAUAUAGAUAUUAUAUUCACGUUGAUAUAUUAUGUGUUGUUGCUGUUGAUGUUGUUAAUCGUAGGGUAGCGAUACAAAGUGGGUAGUGGCUAGCGUGUAAUCAUUGUUAAUAGGAACUACGGGGAAUUAGAGAGAAGCACAGAGAGAAGGGAAGCAGAGAACGAGCAGCAGUUGUACACGUUGCACUGCACGACGACGAGCACGUUCGCGCGCGGAUUAUUUAUUAUUGAUCCGCGGUCGAUCGAUCUUCGGACGCGUGCGUCGCGAUGUUACCAGUUUAUUGUACCUGCGAUCUCGUCUGCCUUUAACCACCCUGGCGCUGCGUUGCGCUCGGAUGUCUCGUUCGUUCGCUUUCUCCCGAAAGCGAAGAGAGUCUCGAGGAGUCUCUUGGAUCACCUCCUGACCUCCAGUCAGCGGAUUUAGGAUCCUCACUUGUCUGUCUCCGAAGCACCAUGGUGGUUAACUUCAGCGACCGGUACCUCUCGCGAGGGGUGCCAGCACUCUGUAAUGCUAUAAGAUUUGCCAAAUAGAUAUUUAUAGAACACGUCGGAGCGUCGAAGAUCUCAUCGCCGAUCCUUGUAACGGAUGUGCUCGUCGUCCCGGAAAUAAGAGCGCGGGGAGAUAUCUACAGGCGUAUGUUAUACAUAUAUAUAUACAUAUAAGGUAUGUGUAGUUUGAAACGGCCUACAAACGAUCGUAGCAAUUCGGCUCAGCUAUGUAUUAUUCCUUUUCUCUUUUUGUCGGUUUCGUUUUCCGACGACGUCGUACUGAAACUCGAAUUGCAGCGUCUAAGCGGCCGCCGUCGAUAUGCGAUCGUGCCGGGAGCGCGCGAUGCUUCCCGCACGCAGCAGGUUUAUCCGUUACAUAAGGUCUUCCGCCGUCAAGUCUGCUCAUCUGUCUCGCGUCCUUCCAUCGUCAAUCCUUUGAGCUCAACUAUAAUAACAAGGAUCUCCUAACAACGACUCUUCGUACCUGAACACUACAGUCCCGGCACUGCGCGUCCUCCAUCGAUUCUGUCGAAGCAUCGAAGUGAGCGAAAGUCCUCCGACGACACAUCGGAUCACAUCUACGAAGAGAGAAUCAAACAGAAAACAGAGCAAAAAAAGAAACAACGGUAGUCUCCUUAGCGCUCUCGAGAGAAGGGGGGAUAGAUUCCGAAGUAUUUUCUGCGGGACUGGCGGUCGAUUAGGCUGCGUCAAUAGAUCGAAGAGAUAUUACGAAUUCGUUGCGAUUGCUGCAAAUAUACCGCGCGACUUUCUGCCGCUUGCAUGUUCAGUUUCUCUUUUGACUCGUCAGCGACGUCCUCUCGCUGACACUCGAACCGACAAUGAAAUAGAGUAAUUCUCGAUGUACAUAAGAUGCAACGACGAUAUUCUUUUGUCGAAAUUCGCAGGGCGCUUGCGUAUUGCGGUUCUGAGUUGCUUACUUACUGGAGAAACACUCUCCGGUAUUCCGAGGAAAUUUGCCUUAUGACACGCGCGAUCGCGCGCUGUCAUUCAUUCGAUGCUUGAUUCGAUGCUGUCGAUUGUUAUAUUGCAAAAGUUAUACGCGCGGCGGAGCGUACCGUUAUUGAGCGCGCUCAAUCAGCGCCGCGCGGGUCUUUAUGUUCAACGAUUCUACAUCCGCUUCGUGAUCGAGAGCUUGAUUAACAUCGUAAUUGCGACGUAGUGUCGAUUUUUGCGUUUAGAGCGUUCGCUAGGUGUGUGUCUACAUGAGUGUGAUUAUUCGUAAGUAAGGUGGUAGUUAGCGCGCCGAGGCGAAGGAAUAAGGAGGAGGGACAAACUCAGCGAUUGAUUGUGUAAUUGUAGUUAGCAGUCGAUAGUGUGGGUGUAAAUGCCUGACGUGAUGUUACGUGUAGUAGUGCGCAUAUACACAGAUGUAUACGUUGUUCAGGUUUGUAUCGAAAGACUAGUAGUUGUGUCCCCCCCCGUACAAAUGAUUUCGUCUUCCCUCUUUGGCGACUCGAUCGACGUCGUGUCGUGUCGUGUCGAUUUCAUUCAGCAGCGUCGCCGUCGUCGCGCUUGACGACAGGACUCCGACUGUGCAAUUGUCUUACCGAUGCCCUACGUUAGCUUGUUCCGUUGUUCCGCACCUUACGCAUUAUGCAACUAGGACAGCUUUACUUUUAUUACUCGGUAGUCUCGUUUGUAUAUCGCUCGAUCGUAAUUGCAAUUGAUUCCGUUUAUCGUUAAGUCCUACUUUUGUUUUUGUAAAUAGUACAGCAACGAGAGAAAGAGAGAGAGAGAGAGAGAGAGAGAGAGAGAGAGAGAGAGAGGAGGGAAGGAGAGAUUAUAAUGAUUUGUUGUGUUCACACAUUUUGAUUUUCGUGUCCUGUCUUCCGAUUCUCCUCUUCCGCAUUCCAUGUUGAACUUUGAACUUAGAGAGGUAUCAGUCGAUAUCGUACGAUGACGUGAUACACUUGGCAUGAAUUCUUUGUUAUUAUGUGAUCGUUGAUAUCAAUUAGGAGGCGUUAGAAUCUCGAUUAAUUUAUUGAAACUUAGUGACGUUAAGUAUAAUUGGACGAUUAUCUUGUUUGUGUGUAUAUUUAAUUAUCCGAGUCUUGAUUUUAUAAUUAUCAGUCAUUGUACGUUGCUUUUUCUUUUAUUUUGCGAUGAUUCAGGGGUCAUGUUCUAAAUUCAACGACGAACUUUCUCGGAAUGAAAGUAGCUUGAUGAUGUCGCAGUUAAUGUCGUAUUAUUCGCGUGUUUUAUUUAUCUUACAUAAUGAACGAAAAUUGUUCACGUUUAUUAUUUAGAGAUUUCACACUCACACAGUUUUGCCCCAUUUAUCGUUAAUUAUUAAUUAUAUAAUCACUUAAUAGUUUUGUUAAUUUUUUUUUUUAGAAAUUCAUCGUGUCGCGCAUACAGUAUACGUAUUCGAUGUUUUGGAGUCUCGAAGGUGUAAAGAAAUGAUUAAUCGCGGCACGGAGAUACACGUGAACGCGCGAAUAUCCGAGUUAAAAUUUAUGUCGGUAUUCAUAGUUCAUCGUUACUUGACAAAUCAUCAUAGUUUCGUGAAUUUUUCGUCAGCCUGUGUUUAUUUCACACGUGAAACAUCAAUCCACGGUGAAAUAAUGAUUUAUGAAUACAAAUCUGUGAUUGAUUUUAAAUAUAAAAUUAUGCAUAAUUCAUCACUGUGAAAUUAUAAUUUAUGCUCUUAGUAUUGUUUCUUGGAAAUUUCAAUAUAAUUUGAAGAUUCAACAGGAUCGAAAGAGAAGGCAAUUGCGUAUUCAUUAAUUUUCCGCAUCAAUAGAAAUUUAAAUCCGGAGAGUCGGUACAAUAACAAUGAAUCGAAGUGAGAAGAUGGCGUGCUCAAGGUAAAACAUGUUUCAAGGAGCAUGUUGUUAGAGAAACAAAUCUCAGCACUUGCGAGACUUGGGUUGAUACUCAUAGUUGCAAAUUACUUACGAUUUUCGAUCGAGAACAUAAUCAAUUGCAGAUUCGUAUUGCAAGUUGUUAUUUGAUUGUUUGAUUGUCAAUUUUUCUCGCGCGAAAUAAAUAUUACCGAUUUAUGAAUAUAAUUAUAGAGAUUCAUAAAAGUAUGAUAAUUUAUCAAAUAACAGCAAACUACGAAUGCCAGCUUCAAAACAGAUUCUAAGUUUCGACUCGGGUCGGUAGAAAUAAAAAGCUCGUCCUGUGCUGUUAGCAAUAGUUGUCGAUUAAUCACGUCGGCGAUGUCUAACUAUUAUUAUAUAUAUAUGUGUAAAUCUCGCGAUGUCUCGAUCUUAAUCGCGACAAGAGGAACGUAAUGGGAAAGAAAGAAACGAUUAGGGCAGAGACUAGAAUUUAAUCCAAAAAUGAUUUCUCUCCUCUGACUCACUUGUGCCUUGCCCUCGAUCAUCCUUCGCUGUUCUGUAUCCAGGUAUCCCUCUUUUCUAAAUAAUCGUCUUCGAUGUUCGAUGUCCUUUCUACGAAUAAGAGACUACCAAGUGAUCGGUACAUUAAGAAGCGUGCUCCGUUUGCCAUAAUGAUAUUAGCUCGUAAUCGAUAAAUGUAUACCUAAUAAUCUUACAAUUUAGCCCUUAAAAUUCAAAGCGACCGCUAAAGCAUUCGGAUCGCAGGUAUUGUUGGAUCUCGCCUUCGAGAGAUUGCAUCCAGAACAUUUACAGAUAUAAUGCUCACAAUAAGUGUCCGCAAUUAUUCCGUUACGAUCGUCUAAUCUUCGCGGAGUUACCCUCCGCUUGUCUGUCUCGCGAAGAAAUCAGUUUUCGGAUAAUCAAAAAUCGUGGGCGAGACUCGACGUUCAUCGGAUCGAAUGCUUUGCGGUUUUCGCGGUUUAUUAUAAAAAAAAAAAACGCCGCUCGGUUUGAGCGCGUUUGUGACGUAUUAUAUGCUAAUUAUGAGGAAUCAUCAUCAGAACGGAAAUUCGUAUAGUUUCGCAACAAAUGAAACUCAAUGUAUUCUUUUCGCACGAAACGCCGAGACGGGGUGAAGGACGGCGCGCUGUCGUCGUAUAGACGGUACGCGCGGUAUUGUUUUUGCGCGUGUUAUUGUUUGGGACAGAGAAAGAGAGAGAGAGAGAGAAAGAGAGAGAGAGAGAGAGAGAGAGAGAGAGAGAGAGAGAGAGAGAGCCCUCGAGAUUCGUUACUUAUAUUAUCGAUGCAGUAUUGAUCCGUCUCGGACGCGUCUCGGUCUAUCUUGACAAGAACAGUCGUGACGAGGUAAUUAGUGAAAUCAUACGAAAUUCCGUGUCCUAAUCAUCGUACAGCGGAUCAUGGGAGGCUGCUGUGGCAGGUGAUGUCCUCGUUCGUGACGACGAUCUCAAAGGUAUAUUGAUAACUAAAAUUUAUCCGGUUGAUAAGUUUUAUAUCCGUUAAUCGCAUCCGCGAGAGAAAGAGAAAGAGAGGCGGACGGACGGAAAUGACACGUGGAACCGGCGAUUGUAGCCGUGGCUAUUUACUUGUCGCGGAGCUCGACUUGAAUAUCGAGAUUUUGAUACCAGUGUCGUAGAGUCUUUCGCAAUCGUCCGCGGCGUAUUUGUACGUUAUGUUAAUCACCCCACGGGGAGAUUAUUUUCGAAUUUUUGCGUGACGGUUCAUGAAUUAUGUCGAGCAGGUCGAACGGUGGCCCCUCGUUUGCGCGUAGAAAAUCGUUUUUGUGUAUUAUUCAAACGAGAGUGCGUCGCAGCAUUGCGGAAGAAUAGAGGAUAUUUCGUGACACGCAGCAGCAGCAGUAUACAAUGGUAGUCCGAACCGCUUCCAUACCGCUCGAUAGGUCUCAAAUGCGCUGUCGCUUGAAGAAAGUGCGCCUAGUUUCGCUCUCGCUUCGAAUUAGAUCGAAAUAAAGCUACGGCUACGGGAGAAAUACGCAUGGCAUCAGCGUGCGGUUAAUUGUCGCUACGUAAUGAGGGCAUUAACGAGAGAGAGAGAGAGAGAGAGAGAGGAAGGGCGCGUUCACGCGAAGCUAGUCGUAUACUUCUUGAGAAGCGCGGUUGUGUCAGAACAGAUUCGGUGUCAGCAAUUUUAAGACUAUUUGUAAAUCCUGAGUGUAUUUUUUAGAGAACAAAGUUAGCGACAUUGUUACCCGCUAUGCGAAUAUCAAGUACCAUAACAUUCACUUAUAUCCGUACAAUGACCCACGAGUUACGAUGAUAUUCUAUAAAUGGCUCUGUACUAUUGUAAAAUCAAAGACAUAGCGUACAAUAAAGUUUAGUGUCGUAGGA